GCAAAGACAGGAGAUGGUCUUGUUACAAAGCAGAAAAGGUAUGAGCAGUUUUUAUUAUCUUCUAUUCAUUCCAUUAUAUUGUAAUUCAGAUAUGACAGUUUUCUCAAAGAAACUGGCUGAUUUGGGUGAAAUUUUCCAUGACAUCCACGAUGUUUUUAUUCUGUCCUGAGCUAGCAGGAAUGUAGUUUUGAAAAACUGAAUGCAGCAUUCCAGUCUUGCUAUCCAUUGCAUGUUGCUAUCUCCUAUAAACCUGAUAACAGGUAUUAUGUACUAACUGGUUAUAUUCAGUCUAAGGUAUAAUGUACUAUCUGAUUGUAUUCAGUCUGUGGAAGAUGCUGUGUCAGAUUAUUACUUCCUGUGACACAAAUUUUAAAUAAUCUCUCCCAGCUGUAUAAGCAAAGAAGGGAACAGUGAGUUUCUGAUUUCUGAGAUCAACUGUAACAGCUUUGCUGGUCUUAUGUUGAAGUACUCAGUACUUUUCAGGAUGAAGCAUGAGAAGCAUAGAAACCUCACGGACCAUAGGGAAUGAAAAGACUUGAGAAAUUGUUCUAUUAACUUUUGUGAUAUUUAUAUCAAUGACUAAAAGUCCACUUAUAAGCAAGAAUAUACAGUAGAAAUAUGUGAGUAGAAAUCAGUGUAAUGAUUUUAAGUGCUAGUUUAUUUCCUGCCUAGUCUUUCCUCUCUUUUUUUUAUCUGGUGGCUACUUUGUGCAAAAUGUCCCACUGAGAGUUUUUCCUGUUCCAGUUUAUGAGUCAUAUACUAGGCUGGGACACAGUUGAAAAUCACAUUAAUUUAGCUUGCACUGUAAAUUGUUAAUGUGCAGAGUAAUAAUGUCCACUAUUACUACAUAUAUUUAUUUUGUACAUAUAUUUUGUACAUACAUGUAUAUUUAUUUAGUACACAGGGGUGCUUAUUGUCUGGGAGCAUGCUGCCUAUUCAAAUUCACUUUACAAAUAAUACAUACAGAGAAAAUGUUAGUGUCUCAAGGAGUUCAAAAUCAAAGAUUCUGUUCCCUUUGGCAAAUUAUACAGGCCAGGUUAAAAAACAUGAAUAUGCUUACAGGUCUUGGGAAACCAAGGAGGGACUUGGGCUGGUAAGUCUAGAGAAGCUCUUCAUAAGUGUUUUAGUUUUAUUUUCCAUGUACAUGGAUUUGUGCUCUGUUUGCCUUUCCACACCUCUAGUUUUUAAUGUCAUGGCUUCUCAAGGGAUCGAGGAGUGGCUGAAUAUUUUCAGGUCUAGGUGGUGGGCCUCGCAUAGCUGAUAUAAAGCCAAAGAGUGGUACAAUAGGCCAAAAUACAUUACAUUUUAUGUAAUUCACCAUGGGUGCAAAUAACAUCUAUCAAAACGUGGGGCACUAAGAGAACUGUUUGUUUAUUCUUUUUGCACAGAUUUGAUGUUAUUUUUUCCUCUUCAGUGGCAAAAUAAUGUUACCUUUUUUUUUUUUUUUUUUCUUGGUGCUGCAGAUCCAGCAUUUGUUUAGACAACAAUACAAAAUAAAAAACAAACAAGCAAAAGCAAGAAAAUGUAAUUGCAUUAUUUUGUGAUAAAGAGGUUCAGUCUUGGUGGCUGAAUUCCAAUUAUAGGUCCAAUUCCAAACCUAUAUAAAUCUAGAGAAAGCAAAGGCAUUUCAGCUGUCAAUUAUUUGCCUGUUUUUUAAUGAAGACAGUGUAUAUAAAUGAAAGUGAACUAUGGGCUGAGGAACUAUUGCUGAAAUAGGUAAAGGAAAAGAAAAACAUCUUGACUUUGAAACCCCAAGUUUGAAAGUCCCUCUUAGUCAUAAAUCUUUUGUCUUAAAAUAAUAAAAAUAUCAUAUGUUUAUCAAAAAUAAGAUCUUUUAUGAUAAAUGUACUCAGUUUUAUCAACUUUUAUAUUUAGUAUAAAAUUAUUCCCUUUUAAAAAGUUUGAUACCUAAUUCCUUCAUGAAUUAGUCUAAUUAUAUCUUUUAUAAUGAUCUCAUAUUGUAAACUGAAACUCCUUUGAGUUUCACAUGCUGAAUUACUUUGAGGCUAAUGAAAUUAAACUCUCUCAUAAAUAAUAAAUGUUUUCAGAACUGAGGACUGUUCAUCUGACCAUCAGAGAAGCUUAGACUCAUUGUAUGCUUAGACUGCAAUACAUUGAGAAUUUAAUUUUUUUCAUCAUGGAUCCUUUAUCUGGGAGAGAACGAGAAUUCUGUUACUGUAUUAAAAUGCUUAGUAAUGAAGGUUACGAUACUCUGAAUUUUAAUGUUAAAAUUGAUACUUCCUGGAUUUCCCAGGAAUUAGAAGAUACAAGCAAACCUGAUGAACAAGCAAACAGUGCUGAACAAGAAAAUUUGAACCUCAGAAUGAAAAAGCUGGAGAAAUUGGAGCAAGAACUGAAAGGUGUUUUACAAGACUACAUGGAUUCAGAUUCCAUGCUAAGAAAUAGGAUGAAAGAGCUGGAGCUGUCACACAAAACCCUUCUUGUGAUGAUUGAUCAGCUAAAUGUGAAGGUGCACCAGGUUGAAAAUGCAAAUGUGCGUGUUAAAGGGAAAGUGCGAGUCAUUUGGGAGGAGCUGAUGAACUUGGUUGAAAACCAAGAAAAGUCAGAGAAAAAGCAAAAGGAAAAAUUACAUUGGCUUCAGGAGCAGCUGAAGACAAAAGAAGAUGAAGUAAAAAGCCAGUCAGAAUAUUUUGAGCAUUAUAAGCAAAAGCAGAAGCGACAAACAACAAUACAGAGAGAAAGGGAAUGUUACCUGCGGGGAGAGGUGUCCAGGCUGGAAAAGCAAGUGUUAGAUCUCAAUGCCCAUAUUGCUUGUUUGACUUCUGAGUUAGAAGAGGGAAUGGCACAGUGUCUCCAACAGAAGGUGGAAUCAGCAUCCACUGGGACUCAGGGCUAUAAACUUUCUGAAAUGGAAGUAAUGGAAUUGAAAACUUGCAUUGAAAACAUGGAGCAUGUCAUGAAAAGCCAUGUUGAGUCUUUUCAGCAAAAUCUAAAGUUCUUAAAGGAAAAAGGGGAGGACAACAGAAGAGAAAAGGCAGACCUGCUGACUGAACUCCAGUGCUCCCAGGACACUGAAGAUUUUCUCAGGAGAAAAUUGGAAGAAUCUUGCAAUUAUGUUUAUAAUCUGAAAUUGUCUGAAAUCAAACUACAGAAACAAGUGGAAGACCUUUUAGAUGAAAACAGGAUUUUAAAAGAUCGAAGUCAGGUGAAGUUAAAAAAGAAGGAAGAAAAGGACCCACAAUUUAUGAGAUUGGAAAAUGGAGACAGUAGUGCUGACCUGGUGCACAUUGAGGGCACUUCACAAAUCUUGUUUCCUCACAUUUUAAAGCGAUGUGCCCAAGGCAAAAACUCUCAGUUGGCACCUGAAAGAAAGCCCGGGAGAACUUCUAAGACUCGUGGACACCAUUCAGAGGAAGAGUACACAUAUGGUUGGAAUGACGACCUAGUCCAGGAUGAUGUUCAAAAUCUGAAAUGGGGAGUAGUAUCAGAUACACUGAAAAGCAGAGCUACACAAACUCCAGUUGUACUGCUACAUGCCAAAGAGUACGAAACGCCAGGAUGUAGCUUUGAUGGGCUAAAGCAGAUAGAGAAGAUACGGGAAGAAAUUCUACCAGUUUUGGAACAAAAUUCUGGACCCUUUGCAAACAUUACUGAAGAACUUGGCUUAUCUGAGAUCAAACUGGUCACCCUUGGGACAAAAAAGCCAGGAGGUCUAGAGGAUAGUUUCACUUUGUUUAGACAUACCCCAAGCUAUCCUGCAGCAAGACUGCUUCCACCUUGUUCUGAGAAGUUAACUAUUGAUGAGAUAUGUAAGGAAACCAAAGAUGAAGAAUGGUUUUCUCUCAUGAAGGAACAAGCUAUUAAUCUACCAGCAAAGAUGUUCCCUGUUUCUGUGGUUGAAACUUUGAUGAGGGACAAGCCCUACCUUAUCUUGUUAAAACCUGAAAGCUACCACAUAGCAGCUGUCACAAUGGUGAAGAAAACGAGGAGCUUGGAUUUCAGUGAGGCAAAUACCACUUUUUGCUCUGAUGGCCUUUAUGUUGUUGCAGAACAAGGUUUUUCUGAAAAAGCUUCUGUAGUUCUUCAUGGAAAUCCACCUUGCUUUGUGAAUGACAAUUUCACAUUCUUUCUAGAAAAAUGCUGUUUGGAAAAACAUCAGCAAAACAAACAAAUUCUACCCAAAAAUAAAUGUAAAAAUAAAAGUCUGGAUAAAGGUGUUAAUGAUAUAAAGUAUCACCAAAGAAUCUUUAUAAGGAGAGUUAAAGAAGAAGAAAUACAGACUGAGAAAGCCCAAGCACAACAAGUUACCUGUGUUUUUGAGGAAAAUUCUGAAGUUAUAAAUAAAACUAUGUUGAUUUGGCCUGGGAAGCUUGUAAUGGACACUAAAGACAAACCAGGUAGCCCAGAAGGUGUCCACAAUAUAUCUGUAGAUUUUAAAGACUUACAGAAUCAUUUCAAUGGGAGUCUUGAACUAAAGAAGAAACAAGAAACCCUCUCAGUAACCUGCAUCUCUGAUGUGACCAGGACAUGCAAUAGAGGAGACAUAAUGGAAACGGAAGAGAAAGGAGAGAAACCUCAGAAAACAACUCACCAAAUAAAGUCGUCCAGGAAUGUUGGACUGAAAGAAAAGAAAGACCAGUCCAUGAAAUUACAUAAAUCAAAAGAGAAGAAUUUCUCAUGUCAAAAGAUGUCUGCUGAAAAUGUGCAAUAUGCAUAUCUUCAGAAAAGUUUUUGGUCACAGGAAGAGAGUUAUCUGCUAAAAAUACUGUCUCCUAUGCAAAAGAGUUUGCUUAUGUGUGUAAGCAAACAGUUCCUGCCAGAAAGCAAUUUUUAUGAGUAUUUCUGUCAUCUGUCACCACUGGAAGCGGUUAAUGAGCAUAAUGUGAAAAUAUAUACAUUGAAAAAAGCAGUGGCUGUGUGUUCUCAGAGAAUAUUUCUACUGAUGCAAGAGAAUGAAAAUUACUCAAAAAAGGUCAGUUUAUUACAAGACGAGAAUGAGAGAUACGUUCAGAAGAUGUGUGCACUAGAAGAGGAGAUGAAUGCGUAUUUUCAAUAUGCUUUAGAAGUAGAUGAAGCUAACAUUGCUUCUUUUCAAAAUUUACUUAAUGAGAAUGAAGUUGCUGACAUAUACAACAUAAGUAACAACAUAUCAGAAGAAAACAGGAUGAGCCCAAGAACAAUUUUUGCCAAAAACUUCUCUAAGAAUCUCUCUUAUGUUGAAGAUAAAAAUAGGAAUUCUGACAAAGAUUCCUUGAGAGUUAAAUCAAAUCACCUUCCCAAGAGUGUUUUAUCCCUUGGUGAAAGGAAAAUGAGGUAUUUACAGCUGCUUUUAGACUUGAAAGAAGAAAGAAGUAGGUGCUUCAUAGAAAUAGCUAAAUUAUUACAAGACAAUGAGAACUAUGUAGUGAAAUAUAAUGAAUUAAUACAAGAGAGAGAGAGAAACUUGCACAGAAUAUCUCUUUUAGAAGAUGAAAAAGAAACUUUAUUGAGAAGUUUGGCAGAAGUAAAAUGUGAACAAGACAAAUACCAAGCCUUGGUUUCAGAACUUCAAGAGUGCAAAACCAGCUAUUAUCAAACUAUUUCUGAUUUACAGGAGGAAAAAUGUGUGCUAAAAAGAACUAUAGACAGAAUCAAGAAAGAAACUGCAGAACAAUUUAAUGAAUUUCAAAAAGCAAAUGCAAACCUUAUUUUAGAAAACAACAAAUUAAAAGAAUUAGUGUCUUCUUUGGGUUUCACCUAUGAAGAUCUGAGAAAAGAAAAAUGCUUGGGAACAAAGGAAAAUGUAGUAAACCUAAAAGAAGAAAACAGAAGUAAACAACGUGAUCUUAAUCCAAAGAAAAUCGAAACAUCAUGUAGUAUAACUCAGACUGAAGAAGAAGGAGUAGACCCCUCCAGCUAUUUCCCCAGCAAAGAGGACAGCACAUUUGAAAGCUACAGUAUGAUGAAAGAGCAAGUGGAAAAGGCAAAAGAGGAACUAAAAAUAAAGCAAAAGGAAUUGGAAAAAUCAAAAAUAGAGGCUCAGAAGUGGUACAGGGAACUUGGCUUUGCGGAAACAAGAUAUGAAGAAAUCAAAACUCGUUUGAUACAGGUUCUGUCCGAAUUAGACCAUCUUAAACAAGAAGCUGGGGACAAAGUGCUUCAAAAGCAGCACUGCAAAUUAAUGCCUGUGUACAACAUGAAAGAUGCUCAGGAAACAGAGGAGAAUAAAAUAGCCAAUAAAAGAUUACAGCAGCAAGUGUUGACCUUGAAGGCCCAGCUCAGGGACCAGGCUGCAUUACAAAAUCAGUUUCGGGGCUUGCAAAAUGAAGUGGAACUCCUUCAGACUCAGCUAUGUGAAAAGACAAAAGAACUUCAGAAGAGAAAGUCUGAUGUGAAGCUGAUGCUAGCUCCUCUGAAGGCAAAGUUGGCUUGCCUCACACAAAAAUGCCAAGAAAGGAACAGCUUCAUUACCAGGAUGCAUGGCGAACUUCACCAGAGAGGAUUUAAGAACUCUGCAUUUGACCAAGAGGUGAAACGCCUGGUGAACGACAUGGCCCUGGCAGAGUACACAGCCACUUUUACACCAACGUGUAAUCAAGAGAUGCUGCCUUCUUCCACAGACAUUUCAGAGACUAGUGGACAGUCAGAGGAUCACGAGACAUAUGUCAGAGUGAACAGGACGACAGGGUCAAAACCUGCAAACUCUCUACGAGAGGUGGAUGGUAUCCACAGUGCUCACAUCACUCCAAAUGUGUAUGCCAGCUCUCCUAAAAAAUUAAGAAGUCCAGAGAAGAUCAUAGCCUUGCUUCGGGAGCUAAGACAAAACCAUUGCAAAAAUUGCCAGAUACCUUCAGUUGAUCCCUCCAAUGCGAACCUGACAGGUGACUGCAACCUGCCCGUGAUCCAGGAGGAAACCCCUUGGCCUCCGCUCUCAAAGAUGAAGGAGACACUGGAGCAUUCAGAGCAUGGUGCUUCCUGGGCCAUGAAAGGGAGGGACCGCUUGUCCGAAUGGGAUGAUGUAUUUUGGGGUCAAAUAGGAAAUCAGCAUGCAGGUGCUAUUCCCCAGGGAAUGAAACAGAAAAAUGUCAUUACGAAUAAUGCAUGGCUCUCUAGAGAUAAAACAGAUGGCUCAACCUCAGCUACUGCAGCAAAAAGCUAUUUGUCAGACAUGUUGUCAGCAAGUAAUAAAGGUUGAAAUCCUGUGGGGAGAAAUCAGCUGCAUGGGAAAGAAUAUAAACCUCAGAAGUAAAACCAGGUAAGAAAAAGUACUCACUAGACUGAUUCCAGAGCAUAGACAAAACUUUUGGAGCUAUGACUGAUAUUGCAAGCUGAGUUCCUUAUCAGACCUUGUAAGGAAACAAUGUAUCGCUCACAUAGAAGAAGCAAUACUGCUCUGAAGGAACACGGAAAAGUUCUUUGACCUGGAGGUUACCACAGCUGCUUCAUUAUGGGAAAACUGAGAAGCUACACUGAUUUACCAUCUGCCAUGUUUUAGCCACAAACUGUAGUGAAAGUUGGCCUUGUGAGCCAAACUGAUGUGUGGUUUGAGAUUUUGUUUGUUUGUUUUUCUUAGGAUCUAAGCAUUUGCAUUUUAAAGAAAAAUCUUUGUUAAGUACAGACCUGUCUUUAUGGGUCAGCUUAUGUGGGCAUGUAAUAUCUUCAGCCUCGUAUGGUCUUGAGGAUCCCUAAACAAUGCUUUGAUCUGAGUUAGGAUGCUGAGUAAUUCUGAGGACACGUUACUUGAGGUGCUGGCUAUGAAAUGAAAUUUUAAAAGGGUAAGUAGGAAUUGAGGAGGCACUUGGAACAUCAAAACACUGUGUCGUACUACACUAGAUUGAUUAUUGUAACCAUAUGAAUAGGCCACACCGAAUUUAAUUUUUGGAUAAGUUAUUCACAUGCAUACAUGCUUUUCCUGAAAUAGGUGUUUUUGUGCACACUGGUUGGUAAUAUUACAUGUCGUUGCAAAAUGUUUUUGUAAGUACAUUUAUGUAAGUAAAAGUACAUUUAUGCACCUAUGUCCCCUGCUAUUCAUAACUGAAUACCUAUUUGUGAAGGCAGGGAGAUGUGGACACUUGUGCGUAAGCGGUUGUAUGGAUAUGUACAUUCCUUUUUUAACUAAAGCUUGCACACAGCACUGUUGAAGGCAAUACUCAGGUUGACCUGAGUGGGAGUAGCUAUGGGUACUGCUCUCCAAAACACUCCCUUACAGUGUAAUGCACUUUCAGUGUUGAUAACCAUUUUAUGACUUUUUUUUUUUUUUUAAUGUUGAGCUAGCUGCUAGAAUGUGCUGGUCUUUACAAAGCUUUGUCUCCCAGUAAUAGCAGAUAUUCUUUGAAAGGAGGCAGAAGGAUAUAAACUGUGGAAUCCCAAAUCAGAUUAAUGUAAUGUGCAUUUCUAGAUUAUGAUUAGUAACAAGAUGACACGUUGGCAUGGUAACACUUGAAGCUUAACUACAAGUUCUUAAAAUAAAGCAAUGACAUAUGUGUAGGUUUCUCUCCAUGUGCAUCCCCUCCACCUGAAAACAUGUAUCAUUUCCACAACUCUCAGGCAAUUAAACCCUACUUCUUACUUUUGAAUUAAGUGCAGAACUAAAACAUCAUGUCUCUUUCCUAGUAGUUAUGCAUAAUCUCCCACCAUGAGUUAUAAAUUUUGGUAAUGAACCUUCGCAUUUUGUGACAUCUUAGGCUUUCUGCCAUUCAGUUUCAUUUUAAAAUGAUUAGUGUAAGGAAUAUGCAUCAUUCCUUGAGGUUUUUACCACAUCGAUCUUUAAAUUCUGCCACUUUCUAAUAUGAAAAUCAUCUUACCAAUAUUGGAAAAUCCUGUUUAUUAUUUAAAUUGAUAGACCAGUGGGUGCAUUUCAUGUGGCUGAGGAUUGGCAAUUAAAAUCCCAACUUUACCUGAAAUUGCUGUAAUAAAGCGGUAAAGUUUUUAAUGUGAGAUUAUCAGCUGAGGCUGAGAGCCUAGCUAUUAUUUUCUGGUUGCCUUAUGGUGGAAAGUGCUGUCUAGUUGCCAUAGAGUCUGUUCAGUUUCCUUUCACUAAGCAGGAGCUAACUUGUUUAGAUGUACUGUCUAUGGCAAAUGUGCCAGGCGCUGCUUUACAUGUGUCAUUGUUUUGUGUUAAACUUUCUCAGAAUGCAAAAUGGGGCACUUUGUUCGGAUUGCUUUAUAUGCACAAUAUUGCUUUGACCAAUUCCUUACAGGCAGAGAAUUGAGAUGCUGCUAAGUUCUAACUAAGUAAAUACAGCCUUCUUCUGUCACCCUAUGUGGACAAAAUGGGCAGUAUUACAUGAGGACUUAUUUGGCAGUUCAUUUAUUCCCAUAUACUGUACUGUAUAGAGCAUCACAAGAUAUUGAAAAUGCAGCUUACAGUAUUUCCACAGCUCCUUAUGCAACCUUGAGAGCCUGAAUUCUGUUCUUCACACCAAUAUGUAUGGCAUAUGCUGGGAGUACAGUGAUUGACUCCUGCACGAUAAUCACGUUACAUUCAGAAUAAUACAAUUGCCAGGAAAUAUUUCACAUACACACUUCAGUUCCCAAGUUAAACCUUAUGCUAAGGCAUGGCUGAUGUUUGUCCUUGUAGACUUUUAAAAAGUGGAAGCCCUGAUCUGUGCUUCACAAAUCUACCUGCAUUUCUAACUUGCAGAUGAAGGAUUUCAGUAUUUGAAUUUUCCAUGGUUGUGGGGUGGAGGGAGGGACAUGUGCAUGCUGGGUUUUGCCACUAAUCCUUCGGAAAUCCUUUAGUGCCUUAAGGAGGCAGAGGGGAAACAGACAUGAGGAUUACAGAAAUUUGCUCAAACCUCUUUCCUGCUUCAGCAGAGUUCCUUUAAAAUAUAUUGUGCCUUUGGCUCCAAACAUAUUUGCAUUAGAAAUCAGUAGCUAUGGGAUUAUGGACAGGAAUUUUUGUCCCUGUUAGGAAAGAAAGUACACAGUUUCUUAUGUAGGAUGUGAAUUAAAAAUACAUCUGACAAGUUCUACGUUGGCAUCCAUGCACAAACCAUUAUUUGACAUUGACUUGCAAGUUGAAGGUAAAGCCAAAAAAAAAAAAAAAGAAAGAGGAAGUUUAAAUGUAUUAGAUGAAACACUUGUACCACUGAAGUGUCCAGCAAAUUUCUACUGGGAAAAUUUCUCCCUGGGACCAAGAUUUCAUGCUGUCUUCUACUUGGCUAAAUAAGUGCUCACAUUUGAUAGGCACUAAAGCAUCACACUCUGUUUAAUGUUUUCUAUAUGCAUAGGAGUGGAAAAGAGUAGUUGUGGAGACCUACCUGUAUUUGGCAUUGUUGGUAUCUGUGGUAUAAAUCUCUGUUCACUGUUAUUUCUUUAUGUAACAGACUCUUGCUAUUGGUAUAUGAAUGUAAAUUCCAAUAUAUGGGAGGUUACUGUGCAGUGUGCACCAACCGAUGCUGAAUAUCUGCAUUUCUCCACUCUCUGAAUUUUGGUUUUGUCCUCUAUAAAAUGAAGAAAAAUGUAAUUAACAGGACAAAACCACUUUUUGCAUAAAAACCAAUACAUAAAAAGCCUGUGUGAGGCAAUUCAUGUACUCACUGAUGGUCCUAAGCGGAUCUUAAGAAAAAAUGAAUAAGCUUUUAGCACAGGGGGGGAAUUUUGUCUUCUAGGAAUUAGGAGUAAUUUGAUGGUACAGAGCUACCAAAAAAGAAAAAGAAGGAAAAAAAAAAAAAAA